AUGCUGGAGCGCAGAAGAAGAGAGACUCUGCGAGAGAACGUGGCUGAAGAAGAGGCUGACCAGGAGGUGGAAGUGCUGAAGGGAGGGCAGAUGAAGGCCCUGGAAGAUAAGAGGCCAGAAGAAGACCAAAUGGCGCUGAGGGGAAAGGGAACACCAAGCCAAGGAGGUGAAUUCCUGAAGACGCCCUCACAGCCAACCCUGGAAGAUGAUAUGGGGAGAACUCCACGGCAGGAGGAAACCCCAAAGGAGUGGAAGACUCCGAAGACCCCGGUUGAGACACCCCGGCAAGCAGAACCCCCGACAAGCUCCACAAGAGAAAGGGAAGAGAGAGGAGGAAGAACGGCAUCGGCAGCCCAGACCCCCUUUCACAGACCCUCAGGAGCACCUGAGACCAGCCCCCAAUGGCCUGGGGGACCCAAGACCAGCCCGACCACGCUCCGACCAGCCAACCAGCCAGAACCACAACCGCUGUUCGACGACGAGCAGUUGAGGAGAUAUGAAGAGUUGCGGAGACAGGCACCGAUGCUGAACCCGCCCCAAGUCCAACAGAGGACACUUGAGGAGAUGCGACCUGAAACUCUGAGAGAGGAGGAGUUGAAAAGGUUGAGAAAAAGAGAAGAAGAAUUGGAGAUGGAGAGGACCAUGCUCCUGAGAGAAAGAGAAGAGUUGCAGAGACUGCUGCAACAGAAAGAAAGAGAAAAGAGCCGAGAGAGGCAUGAGGAGGAGUUGCAGAGACUGCAUGAGCAGAGACUGCUGCAACACAAAGGAAGAGAUGAAAGCCGAGAGAGGCAUGAUGAGAGGCGCCAGAACGCCAUAGAAGAUGAAGAUGUCCAGUAUAGGACCCCUGAAGAAGAAAGCCAGACAGCCAAGAAGCUGUUUCAAGACGAGCUUGAGGAGGCUGACAGACCCCCAAAGCCCGAGGCUGAAAGACCCCCAACGGCCAGAGAGGCCACAAGACCCCUGAAGACAGAAGCUGCAGGUUCCUCAAGGCAAGAGGAGACCCCAGGAACGUUGCAGCUGAUGGCAAUGAUGAUGCAUACAAUGACAGAGAUGCAGAAGAAGAUGCUUUCCAAGGAUGGAGGAAAAGAAGGAGAGGGGGGAGAAGCAGAGUACGUCAGAAGCCACCCUGAAGUGCCAAGACUGACGGACUGGAACCCCUCGACAGGUCCGAUAGACCUGAACGAUUGGUUGGCGUUGAUUGAGCCAAUCAUGGCAGACCUCACAGCCACCUCACACGACUGGUGGGAUAGGCUGCUGAAAGAAGCAAGACAGUGGUACCAAGACCACAUGGCUUUGAGUCCAAUGGACAGGCUGACACACGAGCCACAGCCUUCCAAAGACUUGGACCAGCCCAAGUGGAUCCGCCUAGAAAGAAGGGCGUCCACACUGCUCAUGAUGAGCAUCCCUGAAGCCCAGAAGGAGGAGCUGGUGUCGACGAAGAGGAUCACAGCUCUGAAGAUCAUCUGCCACCUCUUCACGACCUUUCAGCCUGGAGGAUUGGCUGAGAAGGAGGUCAUCCUCAGGUCGUUGGAGAUGCCACAAGAAGCAGCAACAGUGGCAGAGGCAGUGAGUUCACUGAGGAAGUGGAUGAGAUGGAGGAGACGAGCAAUGGAGCUUCAGGUGAGCGAGCCUGAUCCCUUCCUCUUGCUCAAAGGCUUGGGACGCAUCGUCCGCCGACCUUUGGAAGCCAACAGAGAGCUGAAUUUCAGGAUCAGCUUGGCCAGGUCGAUGCUCCAGGUCGACUCGACCCCCACGAAAGACACAGUGGGAAAGUUCUCGACCCACCUCUUGGCUGAGAUGGAACAGAUAGCACACCUUGAAGGCAGCACGAAGAGCACCAGCAAGGACACGCAGAAGCAAGCACAGCCAGAGGUGAAGGUGGUGAAGAAAGAGGAAGCCACCAAGAAAGAAGAGGUAGCCAAGGAAGGCUCCAAUGAAGGAGACAGCAGUGAAGCCAUGAAGGGACUGCUGGAAGAGGCCAACAAGAUGUUGAAGGCCUUGCAACAAGGAAAGAAUGAAGAAGACGAAGGGAAGGAGGUCAGGCUGCAAAAGUUGCAGAAGCAGCUUGAUGAACUCAAGACCCUGAAGGUCUUCAGGAUCUCCAAGAUCCACACAGAAGAAGGAGACUAUGGUCUUUUAGACUCUGGCGCGACGCACGCCUUGAGAGGAAGACAGCCAGGAGAAUCACUCAAGGACUUGACAGAGGUCCGAGUGACGUUGGCCUGUGGUAGAGACGCCACACUGAAGAUGACAAGAGGAGGAACAAUGCUUGGCCAACAUGAGGAGACAGAGCCAAUCGUUCCACUUGGAAAGAUGGUCAGCCAGCUCGGCUGUACGGUGGAAUGGGAUGAGGGAAGCCUUGUCGUGUUUCACCCAGAGAGGGGAAGACUGGCCACAACACAAAGAGGAGGAUGCCCUCACAUCCCAAGACCACUGGCCUUAGACAUCAUCCAGGAGCUUGAGGAGAAGUCUGGAUGGAUGAAGAAGAUGAAGACCAAAGAAGAAGACGAAGAAGAUGUCUUGAAGAAGAUGGUGGCCGUUCAUCCGGUCUUCAGAGACCUGCCAGAGGAGGUAAAGAAGGAACUGGUGGUGAUGCCAUCAAAGGAUUUGACAGCCCUUCCAGGGAUGAACCGUAGACAAAGACGGAAGAUCCAAAGGGAAGGAGCCACUCUGCACCUGUUCGCGGGGGAGGACGACGGAUUCACCCUGGGCCAGGCAGUGAAGAGUGCAGGCGGCGAUGUCCAGACUCUGAUAGAGCUGGAUCAGAAGAGAGGACCUGGGCAUGACCUGAUGAGCUCAGAUCCGUAUGCCACACUGUUGAGGUUGGCAUUUGACAACAGGACGCUGCUGUUGUACAUCCUGGCAGUCCACGUCGAGAAGACAAAGGAUGAAGAAGAAAAAGAAGAAGGCACCAAGAGAGACGCCAAGACAGAAGAACAGAAGACAGGAGGAGAGGGAUGGAAGAGGAUCAUCCUGGCUCUCGAGCAGCCGAGUGCUCCUGAGUACCUCCCAAAGACGGUCUCCUUCUGGUGGACGGACCAGUGGAGAAAGAUGAAAGAGAUGUACGAUCUGCAAGAGAUCAAGUUUAACCAGGGAGACUGGAAAGGAGAAGAAGGCGGCAAAGGCUGCAUAAAGCCCACAACGAUCGGCGGGAACGUCGAGAUCAAGGUUCCAGAAGAGAGGAACCCAGAAGCCAAAGGAAGAUCCCAAGACAGGGUCCAAGACUCAAAGAGCCUGAGCCGAUGGGUGCCGGGUUUGAUGAAAGAGCUGGCGAAGGAAGUGGUCAAGAAGUGCCCACUAGUGAAGGGUGAGGACCUGAUGGGAAACAAGAUGAGAUUCCUUCUGGUGGGUGCAUACACAUGGCUUCCACCAAAGGAUUCACCUCUAGAAGACAAAAGGAAUGAGAGAGUUCCAGAAGAGGAGGUGGAUGCGAUCGAAGGGCUGAGGAUCGAUGACAGUGAAGGAGAGGCUGAUGAUGAAGCAGAACACACAGAGGAGGAUCCCCAACAAGACCCCCCUGGCAACCCUGAGGAGCCCCAAGGUGGUGAGAGAGCCAUCAACCCCCAGGAGCCACAAGAAGCAGCCAAGGAGGAGGUGGAUCAGCCAGAGGACUUUGAAAUCAAGAUUUUCAGAUUGGUGACUCCCUUGCCCUUGAAGGCGGGGGGAGUAGUCCUCCAAGCAGUCAUCGACAUGUGUGGACUGAAGCGAAAAUUUCCACCACUGGGAGCUGAAGUCCUGGUCAAGAAGAGGAGGUGGAAUGCGCAACAGUUCCUGCCAACAAUGGACCGAGUGACAUACAUCGCUCCAUGUUGGGAAGGUCACGGUCACUGGGUGAAGCAAGAAGACGGGACGACCAUCGUAGCCCGGUUCUGCAUAGCUGAUGUGUGGAACCCCGUGACAGACCACUCGUGGCUGGCAGUCAUGACAGAGAUGCCAGAUCCACUUGAAGAAAGAAGAAGAUUGAGGAGAAAGACGCCACCAGAGUUGGCGAAGAUGGAGGUUCAAGAAGACGAACCAGGGGAAGAGGGGAGAGACCCUGAACCCAGAAGAAGAUCAAGACUUCUGCAGCUGAUCAUGGAGGAGAUGACAGCUCUGAUGGAAGACCCCUCAGAAGAGGCCCUGAAGACGACGAUGCAGUCUGUGGCCAAGCUCCGAAUGAUGAUGGAGACGGGCACAAGUGAAGACGUUCUUCAGACGAGGAUCGUGGGCCUGGGGGAGGUGAUGAAAGACCUUGAAGGAUGGAAGAAGCCCAUCGAAGAAGAACUGAAGUCUUUGGUGGAAGACAAGAUGGCCCUUGAAGCCAUUUCCAAAGAGGAGGUGGAGAAGAUGUUCAGGGAGGCACACGCCGAAGGAAGAAAGCUGGAGGUGGUGCCAGGAAAGCUGGUGACGGUGGUGAAGCCCGCACCAGAAGGAGGAAAGAAGAAAGCCAGAAUAGUGGCGUGUGGAAACUUCACGGCGAAAGAUGCCCAGGACGAACUGUACGCGUCCACUGGUGAUGCAGUGACUUUGAGGAUCAUGAUGAAGUUAGCAUCAGAAAACCAGUGGGACGGAGUCAUGUUGGACAUCCGUACAGCGUUCCUCAACACACCAUGGGAAGACAUGGAUGUGUUGGUGAAGCCACCCCACUUGCUGAUCAGGAUGAAGCUGGUCGAAGAAGGCACGCUGUGGCGGCCGACGAAGGCCUUGUAUGGCUUCAGAAAUACCCCAAGGUUGUGGGGAAACCACAGGGAUUCCACGAUGAGGAAGAUGGAAGUCCCACAUGAAGGGAAGCGACACAGAUUGACACAGCUGGUGUCGGAACCCAACCUCUGGAGGAUAGAUGAGGUGAAAGAUGAAGAUGAAGAAGAGGAGAAGCCGAAAGGGCCUCCAAAAGCCCUGAUGAUGGUCUACGUGGACGACUUGUUCGCCACAGGUCCAACACAGCUACUGAAGGCGCUGACUGAGACCAUCAAGAAGGAAUGGAACACCUCAACUCCAGAGUGGAUCAACGAAGAUCCCACAAGAUUCCUCGGCAUGGGAAUCUCCAAGACCAAAGGAGAGGAUGGUCUUGAAGUCUGGGCAGCAUCCCAGCAGGACUAUGUCAAGGAGUUGCUGAGGAGGAACGUGGGGGAGGAUGAGAAGAAAUGGCCUAAGAGAAAGGUGCCAAUCUCCAAGGAUCCACCGGCUGAACACCAAGAAGAGCCAAAGGUGGAAGGAGUCAGGAAGGCCCAGAAGAUAGUGGGCGAAGCACUCUGGUUAGUCACGAGGACCAGACCAGACAUGAUGUAUGCCUUGGCGAAGAUGGCCAGCCAAGUGCUGCAUCAACCCCAGUGGGUCGCAGAGAGCGCAUCCCAACUGUGGGGAUACAUGGCUGCCACGAUCCAUGAAGGGAUCACCUUUGAGAAAGGUCCAUCAUGGGAAGGAUGGGAAGAGCAGUCAGGGCUUGCUGUUUAUGCUGACGCAAGCUUCGCACCCUCAGGUGAAGAAAGUCACGGUUCAGUGAUUGUGACUCUGAGGGGAGCCCCGCUGCUAUGGAAGAGCUCAAGGCAGUCGACGGUCAGCCUUAGCACAGCGGAGGCAGAGCUGAACGAGCUCAUAGAAGGAUUGAUGAUGGGGGAAAGUGUUGCAGCGAUUUUGGAGGAGCUGGAACCCCACAUCAUGAAGAUGAUGGCAUCAGACUCGCAGGCAGCGGUGAACAUCUGUCUGGCAGAUGGAGGAAGCUGGAGGACCAGACAUCUGCGCUUGAGAGCAGCGCAUGCCAAACAGAGAUUCACCAAAGGAGACUGGCUGCUGCGACACGUGCCAGGCGAAGACAUGCUGGCAGACAUGGGGACGAAGAGCCUGACGUCAGCCAGGCUGGAAAAGCUCAAGAAGGGGCUUGGCAUGAAGAAGAUUGGAAAAGAUGAAGAAAAGAAUGAGGAGCCAGAAGAGAAGACGGCACCAGAAGAGGCAAAGAAGAUCAAGAAGAAGGAACAGGGGACCAGAGUCCCAAAAGAAGUAGAGAAGGCACUCCAGUGCGUGGCGUUGAUGAUCGCCAUUCAGGGAGCCAAAGCUCAAGAUGAUGAGGAGACCGAAGAAAGGGCAGAGAUGUUCCACAUUGAGCUGAUUCUGAUGUUUGCUCUUGUGGGAGUGGUCUCAGUGAUCCAGAGGAUCAUCCCUUGUCUGAUGGGCUGGCUUCGGAGAGACCGACAGCCUGAGGAAGAGCCCACAGAAGAAGAAGGAAGCAGGGUGAGAGGAGCACCCACAAGACGCCAAGAAGAACAGGCGUUGAGGACCCCAGAGAGCAUCAGGAGGAGAAGGAGAGUGGAAGCCAGGGAUGAUGAAGACACAGAGGAGGAGACAGACCCAGGCGUUCCAUUCCCUCACGGAGAUCGUGAUGGGAACCUCUUCCUGAGGAAUCCACCGGGCCCAAAAGCACCGCCAAGACAGCUGGCACACAUGUAUCCCAUGCCAAAGGGACAGCAAAAGGGCCAGCAAGCAGGCCAAGCAGGCACACAAGCAGGCCAAUUGGGCCUACAAGCAGGCCGACCGGGCCAACAGGCAGGCCAACAGAAAGGCCGACCACAACAGGCAGCUAGCAGCAGCACAACACCGGUGCACAUGCUUGUGCCACCACCACCACCACAAGAGCCAGGCGCAGAGCCACCACGGCUGGUGGAAGAGUUCUUCCAAGGACUCGUACAAGAAGAACACGAGCACCCAGAUGAUUGGGACCCGGAGAUCCAUGGGCAGAUUUACCCAGGGAAAGGAAGUUCACCACAGGCAUACUUCCAAAGGAUGGCCGAGAAGGGUCAAGCCAAAGGGAGUGAAGAAGGAACGCCGAUGAAGGGCGCCAAAAAAGGAAAGAAAGGUGAUGAUGAGAUCGCGCAGGCCAAAGGCGCGAAAGGAGAAGGAAGCCCACAGAAAGGGGCACCCAAGGGCCAAGGAAAGAAAGGCCGGGCAGAAGAUGAAGAAGUCCCAGAGAAGGGAGCACAAAAAGGAGGAGGAAAGAUGGCCGAGAACGGCGAAGGAGAUGACGAAGCAGCACCUCCAAGAGUGCCAAGUGACGAACAUGGCGUGGCACUGCCGGUGUACAUCACGCCAUGGGGCACAAGAUUCCAUACAGGGGUCACCUGCCCGACUUUGGCGAACUCUGGAUGGAUGGUGAGGUCGCCGUGGUGCCCUCUGUGCUGUGUCGGCCUCCAGCCGAGCUCCGCUACCAUCCUCUACUCAGAGGGACCGGGAAGAACGGUGCAUAUAGCCGACGAGAAUGCGCUGGGCCGAUGCAAGGCUACCCCAUGUGCCAACGAUGCGACGGGUACCAGAGGUACUGAGAGUGGCUUGAGCUGA